AUUCGGUUGUCAGACGUGAAUUCAGUGAUUGUGAUAUGAAAAUAGUGCUAUUUAAUUAAAAAGACGGCGAUAUGGAUAUGGAAGAGAAAUAUGAAUCCGUUGAAUUAUGUUAUGCGGUGCAUAAAUACUCCAGCUAUUCGGCGAAUUAUGUCCCGCAAAACAUCAUGGUUAACAACCCUUCGGAUCAAUUAUCAAGAUGGUUUACGGACAGUUCAAGCGCCAGCAUGAUGCAGCCACAGUACAUCAUACUCAAGUUAAAAUCCUUAUCAAUAGUAGAUACUAUAAAAUUUGGUAAAUAUAUAAAACCUCAUGUGAGCGAUCUCAAGAAGUUUCAAGUGUUUGGUGGUAUGGAUGAAAAUAAUAUUUCCCUGCUCUUAACAGCUGGUCUGAAGAAAGAUAAUACACCAGAGACAUUUAAACUCAGGAAUAGAACUACAGAGGGUUUGUACUUGCCCAUACAGUAUAUCAAAAUUGUUCCCCUUGUUUCCUGGGGUCCGGCUUAUAAUUAUACCAUCUGGUAUGUGGAGCUACAUGGCAGGAACCAGGAGGAUUUUAUUCAAAAUGCUGUGGAAACUAUUAACUUGCGUAAGGAAGAAGAGGCAGUACGUAUUUUGUUGAAGCAUUUACGCCGACGUCGGUAUAAAGAUGCUUUCGAAGCGUUGUCUAGAGAAACCGGUGUCCAGCUCGAAGGACCAACUCAGGCUCGUCUAUGGAAUGCUUUAGUUGAAAAUGGAGACUACAAAUUAGCUGAAGAGAUAUUAGAAGAGGCUUUGAAUGAGGGCGAGAUGGACUGGUACCUGUCGUGGCAGCCGUACCAGCCGGAGUGGCGGCAGCUGUCGCCGUGCUCCGCGGCGGUGGAGGCGCGGCUGUGCUGCGGGGACGCGGUGCCGCCCGCGCUGCGCCCGCGCCCGCAAGACCUCGCCUGCGCGGACCGCGAGCCACGUAUGGAGCUGAUGGAAGUGUUGGCGAGCGGCGCUGGCGGCGAGGGCGGCGAGGGGUGCGAGGUGGGGUGCGGCGGCGCGUGCACGGCGCGCCCCGGCCCGCGCGGCGGACACCAGCUCGUCGUCGACACCAACACCGGUACGUUGUACUUGUUCGGUGGAUGGAACGGUACGGAGGACUUAGAUGACCUGUGGAGCUACAGCACGAGCUCGGAGCGGUGGUCGCUGCUGUGUCGGCACAGCAGCCUGACUGGUGGGCCUUCGCCCCGCUCCUGCCACAAGAUGGUGUUCGACCCCGUCAACGAGCGCCUCUACACCCUCGGACGGUACCUAGACAACGCACAGCGAGUGCCAGCCAAUAUGAAUAGCGAGCUAUACGUGUACGACGUGUGCGCGGGGACUUGGUCGCUGGCGUGCGCGGACACGGCGGCGGCGGGGGGGCCGCGGCUAGUCUUCGACCACCAGAUGUGUCUCGACGCAGACACGCAGACUAUAUACGUAUUCGGAGGACGAGUGCUGCCAUCUAACACUGAGGAGCUGGUGAGUCCGCAGUACUCAGGUCUGUACGCGUACUACAUCAACAGCAACACGUGGCAGCAGCUGCUGGCCGAUCGACACGACCUGCCCGCGCCGCAGCCGCGCGUCUCCCACUCCAUGCUCUUCCAUCCCGUGCAGCGUCGUCUGUACAUGUUCGCGGGGCAGCGCAACAAGGAGCAGCUGCUGGACCUGUGGUGGUGGGACGUGGGCGAGGGGCGCUGCGGCGCGCUGUGCGCCGGCGCCGCCGCCUGCCCGCCGCCCGCCGCCGGCUUCACGCAGCGCGCCACCAUCGACCCCGACACCGACGAGAUCUUCGUGCUCUCCGGCAUGAGCAAGGAGAAGGACAAGCGCGUGUACAACUCGCUGUGGGUGUUCUCGCUGCGGCGGCUGACGUGGACGUGCGUGUACCGCAACGACUGCGUCACGCCCGCGGAGCCCCGCCCCCGCUUCGCGCACCAGCUCGUGUACGACCCCGUCAGGAAGAUCCACUACCUGUUCGGCGGCAACCCGGGCACGGCGAGCAGUCCGCGGCUGCGGCUGGACGACCUGUGGGCGCUGCGGCUGGAGCGCGCCUCCCGCGGCGGCGUGUGGCGCUCCGUGCGCGCGGCGCUGCGCGAGGCGCACUACCGCGAGCUGGCCGCCGCGCCCGCGCUGCGCCCGCGCGCGCUGCACUACCUGCGCCACGACCUCAGCGCCGCGCUCGACCACUGCGACCCCGCCCAGGUGUCCCAGUUCCAGAAGCUAGCCACCGCGCUGUUCGUGAGCCCGGCGGUGGAGUGGCGCGCCGCGUGCGCGCUGUCGCCGCGCCGCGCCCGCACGCUGGCCCGCCGCAGGGCGCGCCGCACGCCGCACGCCGACCUCGCACACGCACUCGCCGCGGUGCUGGGCGCGGAUGAGGCGUGCCCGGAGGCGCCGCAGCCGUUCGAGGAGGCGCGGCCGCCCACGCCGGACACGUGGGACGUGGGCGAGGUGGGCGGCGCGUGCGAGGGCGCGGCCAGCGAGGAGGAGGAGGAGGCGGGCUGGGCGGCGCGCGACGCCCGCGUGCGCCUCUACGACCGCCUCAGCGCCUACUUCCGCCCCUCCAGCGUGCCGCCGCGCGCAGACGUCGCAGACCUCAUCUCCCUCUAGACCUCGCAACCAAGUUGAACCAAAAUGCAGCAGAAGUGAUCGCCACCUGGAGAUAUCUAAAAUUAUGAAUGUUUUGACAUUUUCUAUUGUAAUAUCAAAGAUACAGUAAAUGUAUGGUAAAUGAUUCAUUAUUUUAGAUCUUAUGUCAAUGAAAUAAGGUUUAUUUUGCGUUGUUUUAUUGUAUAAUUUAUAAAAUGUACAAUGCGCAUGUUUCAAUGCAAGUAAUAAUUUAGAGCAUAGACUAAAAUUGUACAUUUUAAUUUUAUUUCGUUUGUAAUUGUAAAAUAAGUUAUUAAAAGAUUUCUUUUGAUGUUUUGUUUUUCAAAGUAUUUUUUUUCUUUGUUUUUUAUUUUUUAAUAUCAUGGUUACCUUAUAUAAUGUAUGUAUCCAUAAUAUAAUAUUUCCUUGUUUGUAAAGGAAAAAGUAAUUAUUUAGUUUAAGACAUGUUGAUAUAAGUAACGGAGCUAUAAAAGGCGCUCUGUCAAUAAAAAGUCACCGUUUUUUUUUAUAAAAUGUACAGUGCGAUUAAAAAAUGUUAUGAAAUGAAAAAAUAUGGUUGAAAAAUUUACUCAUUUAAAUAAAAAAAAAUUAACACAUUAAUCUAAAAGGAAUCUUUUUUAACAUUCAUGUAUCUAACGCAUUAACAUGCUCGCCUUUUUAUUUCUGUAUAUUACAUUAUUUCAAAUUUUUUUACUGGAAUAAAAUACGGUGACGUCAUAAGGCUCAUAUCACGUGUUACAUUUACGUAAUUUUACCUCUGAUAAUAUUUGUACAAAUUGCAUUUUUCAUAAUUUAAACAUAUUUAAUUAUUAUAAUUUAUCUCAAUGAUAUCUAAAAACGGUGAAUGCUACCAACAAAAUAACAUCAAAAGUCUAAAAUAGUCAAAAUAAUUUGAUGCAAAGAAAAAUUUUGUAGUUUUCGUUUAUUAUUUGCUUUUUAUUUUAUUUUCUAGUCAUUAACUUUCACAUAUUGACUGCAAGAAAGCAUACGUUAUAACCACGUUCACACAAUAAUUAAAUUUACUAUUAGUAAACAUACUUUUUCUUUUCGUUCACUCUUAUGUAAAAUAUGUAAAUAUUCCAGUAACUGCCGCACGCAUGCCACUAAGGGCGUCCCUCAGUGUAGUCUUAAGCGUAUAACUAUAACUGUGAGUGCAGUAACUGCUUCUAGAUAACAUACUCUGAUACGAUUGUUUCUAGUUCAUAGCAUUUAGUUUGUUUUUAUUCAAAAUGCAAACCAAACUAGUAAUACAUUUACCCAUAUUUAUGUCCGGAAGUAUACUUUUGUAGUUCAAGUGUACACGUGACAAUGUAUUAUGCUUGCCUCGGUCUUGUACACAAGGCAACGAAAAUUGUUCAAACUCGGCGAUUUAAAUCUCCAAAACUUACCUAUAUUGUAAAGGUACAAUCGGGGAAUCUGUUGGUGGUCCACCUUAAGAGUUAGUUUGAAUGUAUUGUACAUAUUGGGAUUAUGUAAACGCAAAUGUAUUAGUUUUGAAGAUUGUUUCCUUGUGUACGAAAGAUCAUAAUUAAACUAAAAGAUAAUAUACUUUAUCUUAGAGAUUUAAUUUAUUUAAUUAUAAAUUAAGUUAAAGAUAAUUUUGUAAAAGUAUUGUAAUAGAUAUCAACUGGUAUGUUCAUUUGUAUUUCUUGCUUUUUUUUAUUAUAAUUCCCGUAACAGCUUAUCAUGACCUGUUGGAAUAACAGAUUUUGUCAUAAAUGACAAUUAUGUUUUUUCUGUUUUUAUAACGUGUUACGUAACGUUGAGGGCCUGUCCCAACAAAUUGUAAACUGUCUGAUAACAAUCCAACGUGUAAAAUAUGUGGAAAUAUCGGAUUUUGGUCCCUUAUCUGACAGUGACGUCCAACGUCUAACAGCCAGUGGUGGAACAGGCCCUUAACUACCAGUUUAAGAACUGAUGUUUUUGUUUCCAUAGCGCUGUAAAACUGACCGAUCUAUAUACAAUGCUCAUAUCGCUUUAAAUUCGAUAAUUAUGUAAAAAUAAUUAAUGUAAUUAUGUAUGUCUGAUAUUUUACACUUUUGUGGAUAUUUAAAGAUCGAUGUAGAUCACUUACUAUGUACAUACAUUUCGCAAUAUUGCGUAAUGCUCAAUUUAUCUAAAUGCACCAGCACAUUUCGUAAAACUAAAUGUAUAUGUAAUUGAUUAUUUAAAAUUGUCUUACAAUGUCUUUGAAAGGAGAUGCCAAUGUUUCAGUGCGUGUAUCUGCGGUGGAAACGCAUUACUUUAUUACUUUAUUUUACGUACAUUUUACAAAAUGACAUUGUUUUAACUUCUUGCCUAAGGGCAAAGUUAUUUAUGAAUACGGGUUAAGUAUACUAUUUUGAAAAUACCACGAAUACAAACUGAAGAAAAUCCUUGUUACAAUUCUCACGAAAACUACUGAUAUGUAAAUAAUUAUAAGGCACAUCAUUCAGUUGUUUAUUGAUAUUAUUUAAGGAAUUUAAU